AUGAGUAAUAAUAAUAAAGAAGAAAUAUUUGAAAAAAAUCAGGAGGAGGAAAAUUUGCCCGAACGUGAAUUAGAUAACGACAAAAAAGAGCACGAGUCCACAGAAACCUUAAAUUUCCUUAAACUUCUUAAAGAACUUCAAGAAAAACUUGUGGAAGUUAAACAGCAAGUUCAACAAUACAUCACCAAUCUCACAUUUCUCAUACACCUGAAACUUGAUGGGAAAUCUAUCGCCAAUAAUCCGGCAAUAUCCAAUUUGAUUGAAUCACGUGUAGUACUUGAAAAGAUUAAACCAAUUGAACAUAAAUUAAAGUAUCAAAUUGAUAAAUUGGUUAGAACUGCGACUAUUACAAACGAUGAUAAUGACAAUCAGGAGAUUGAAAGCAAAAAUUCGAGGGGUGCGAUGACUGAUCCAUUAGCAUUUAAACCGAAUCCUGGAAAUUUAAUUUCCAAGGAUGAUGAAGAUGAGGGUAAUGAUGAAAUUAGAGGAUUGUCAACGGAUGAAUCUGCAGGUGUGUAUAAGGCACCAAGACUAGCACCAGUACAUUUUGACGAAGAUCAAGGAAAAGAUACAAGACGUGAAAAAGAGCAAUCACGACUCAAAGUACGUGCUUCAAAAUCACGUCUCAUGCGAGACAUACUUGCCGAAUACGAUGACCACCCUGAAGAAAUUGAUGCAACCGGUGGUGUGAAUGAAGGAAUUGGCCUCGCAGAAAAAGGGUUAGAUGUACGAUUGGCCGAGCGUACUCGUUAUGAAGAAGAAAAUUUUGUGCGAUUGGUUGUUUCUAAGAAGGAGAUGCGGAAGAUGAGGGGUGGUCCUGGUGUUGGUGGUACCAAAGGAAUUCAGGAUGAAUUUGAGCAUCUAAAUGAUUUUCGUAGUUUUGCCGAUUUACAACAUGAUUCCGACUCUGACGAGAAAUUUAAUGGAUUCAGAAAUAAAAUUCAUCGUUCACGAAAAAAUUAUGAUGAAGAUGAUGACAACAAAGACACCACUAUUCAUCAACGAAAUCAACGUCUUUACUAG